UCAUGGCUGCCAAAACGAUGCUAUUUAGCCUCUUAACAAAUAAUACUGUUCAUUACGCUAGUCACAUAAGAAAAAGAUAUAUUCAACGGAAAACUAGCGCCUUUGAAUGAACUUUAAUCCACCCAUGCUCACAAACGCUACUGCAAAAGAAAGGCUAUAAAAUCAACCUCCCGAGCCCUCAGUAAACACAAAGUUUUAUAAAACGUCGGGCUGUACAGACCUACAGCAAAUCGUCCAGAACAAAUAAUUGGCGUAGUGAGCUUUUUGAAAUGUUAUCAGUUUCUAUGAUAAAAAGUAUAAUUUUUAUUUUGUUGAAUUUGCGCGUUCAUGGUGGCGGCCGAGUUUAACGCAACGGGAAAUUAUCUCCCAGAUCGGAUCGCAUACUUAAAGAAAACACACCAACGGCACAGCUGGCCUCUCGAGACCCUUGCCAAAAGGGAAGCAAGACCACAUUCUGCUCCCUACAUUGUGUCCAUUCAAAUGGUAACAGAUGAAGGCGAAUCUCUGCAUUACUGUGCCGGAUCGAUCAUCAAUGAAAACUGGAUAUUAACAGCAGCUCAUUGCUUAGAUUCGAAGGAAGUUGUUGAAAAUUCCGUGUUGGUAGCUGGUUGUCAUGACAUUCAUGCCACGAAGGACGAGCAUAAUGUACAACGGCGCAAUAUCGACUUGUUCAUAAAGCAUGAACUGUUUCUGGGUGGUGUUAAUCCUUACGACAUCGCUCUCAUUUACACUAAAACUCCUUUUGAAUUUACUGAGUGCGUGCAACCAGUAGAAUUGCCACAACAAGAUGAUUUGGCGCAUGGAGCAGCUACACUCUACGGCUGGGGAAACAUCUCAACAACUGCAGUUCCUUUAUUUCCAAGUGAAUUGCAGGCUACUGAUAUGCCCAUUCUUGACAUGGAACUCUGUGAAGGAGUUCUUGGUGAAGUCGGAAUGUGUUUGCAUGAAACUAAUUUGUGCACCGGUCCACUUGAUGGAGGUAAUAGCAUAUGCACUGCGGAUUCUGGAGGACCUUUAGUUCAAAGAAGUGUAUAUUUUGGUAAGUCUAGGUUAGUUGGAAUUGUAUCAUGGGGCAAAAUGCCUUGUGGUCAAGUGAAUGCGCCAUCAGUGUUCGUAAAAGUCUCAUCGUUCAUCGAUUGGAUCAGUAAUACAAUAAAGAAUGCUGAACUAAGUUGCAACUCAUAAAUUUCUCGAAAAAUCAAACUAUAGUCAUAUGAUCUCAAAUUUAUUUUUAAAUAGAAAUAAGUGAAUGUUAAACAAUAUAUGUAUGUAUUAAAUUUACAAACACAAAUAAAAUUCAGUUUAUGUGAAUAGAAACCAAAAA